CAUAAUUCCACGGUGGAAGUGAAGCUGUCAUGCUUGUGUUGUGCUUUGGGUUUUUUUGUUAUUGUUUCGGGUUAGUUGAGCAACUGAGCCCAAGGAGGAAAGCAAGUCUGUUUUGCUCACAUUUUUAAUGUUUUGUCACGCAUUGUGACACCUGUAUCUGAUAGAUACGGCUCGUUUAGAUAAAGAAGUUUACAAAGCGAGGGUGAUAAAGGUGCAACAUAACCUGCCUUUAUUGUGUUGCCAUGGAGAAACCCUGGCGGGUGGAGUUCAGAAAUGUGGGCUGCAGUUACUUCCCUCAGAGCAGAGUCGAUUGCCACUACACACUGAGCUCACAGCACAACUGGGCCAGCAAUGACUGGAUAGGGCUCUUUAAGGUGGGAUGGUUAUCAGUGAAGGACUACCACACGUUUGUUUGGGCACUUGCCCCGGCCGACAAUCAAGAGGGCACAGAUGUCAACUGCUGUGUGCACUUCCAGGCCUCCUACCUACCCAAGCCCAGCUCCCAAGAGUAUGAGUUUGUAUACAUCAAUGCUAAGGGGGAAGUGUUCUCCCGCAGCUCCAAAUUCACUUUCUGCGCUCCAAAGCCACUUGAGGAUCUGGUGACCCUUGAGGAGGAGCCCCAUGGAGAGGAAGGAGGCACAGACAUGUUACUGGUAGUGCCAAGGGCUGAACUGCUGCAGAGUCGACUGCAGGAAUGUCUGCGAGAGCGUGCAGAGUUGCUCCAGGCGCAGGAGGCGGCGAACAAGCAGAGGGAGAAAGAGAAGGAGGAGUACAAGAGGGCGAGGGAGGCCUGGGACAGACGACGCAAAGGGUUAGAAAGUGAUAUCGCCAACCUGCAGGAAGAGCUAAAGCAGAGUCGGGAGAAGGUCAACGAGAUGGAGAUGGAGCAGAAGGAGAAACAGGCUUUUGGAGAAUCACUAGCCCAACAGAAACGUGAUUUAUUGGAUUCAAGGGAGGCGAGCAAAGUGCGAAUCAAAGAGCUGGAGGAGGAUGUCAAAACCCUGACUCAGACAACUUUAGAAAGAGAGACAGAGUUGGAAAGGAUGAAGGAGAGAGCAAAGAGAGCAGGAGCUCAGAGAAAAGAAGAUGAGUGUGAGAGAAAGAGCCUGCAGACCAAGCUGGAACAGACAGAAGGUGAACUCCGAAGUCUGUGUAAGGAGUUCCAAGUCCUGAGGAAUUCGCUGGCCCAGAGAGACACAAGUGUCCUGCAGCUUCAAAACAGCAUCACCACCCUCACCCAGAAACUCACCACUGCCCACAGGAAAGAGGCGGAGAACGAGGCCACACUGAAGGAGAUGCGAAGCCUGCGGGAGCGUCUGAACGCGAGUGAGCGUGCCGCAGAGGGCUUGAAGAGUGAUCUAAGUGCCAUGGUGGUCCAGAGGGAUCACGGGCAGAGCGAAUUGCAUCAGGCUCGUCUGCAGGCUGCCCAGCUCACCCUUCAGCUUGCAGAUUCCAGUCUGGCCCAGAGAGAGGGAAGAGCCCGCUGGGCCCAGGAGAGACAGAAUCUGCAGCGCAGUGCUGAGAAGGACCACGAGCGUCUAGAGAAACUCAACACAGAGAUGCAGAGGAUGGAGGAGAGGCUGCAAGAGGAGAGGAUGGAGAGAGUGAAGCUGGAGGUCGAGCUUGGGAGAGAAAAGGAUUGCAACCGGGUUCAGCUGAGUGAAACCCGCAGGGAGCUCCAGGAGUUGAAGGCCAGCCUGAGGGUUGCCCAAAAAGAGAAGGAGCAGAUACUUGCAGAGAAACGGGAGUUAAUGGAAUACUUCUGUCAGCUGGAGCAGAAGCUGGGAACAGUGGCCAGUGCCAAGUGGAGCGCUGCCCCGUUUGCCUCUACAGGGCGGCCUGGCAGCACAUUAUCUGACUCUGAGGACGAGAACCCAGAGGCUUUGCAGCCCCUCCGUCCCCCAAGAUCUCUGGGACACUACAGCCUGUGUGAGCCGGGCCAGCUGGACUCUUUGCUCCUCGCCACCUCUCCUUCCUCCCCCAGGGAAGUGGAGAGGAGCGCGGUAGUCAUCAACCAACCAGCCCCACUCUCAUUGCCACACCAGGCCAACGCUGACACUCUGGCGCACAGCUCUGAUUCGGAGGAGGAAUCUGAUAUACUUCAGUGUGCAAGACCCAGCUCUGGAGAGGAAACAGCACUUUUGCUUCCUGAGCAGGCUGACACUGUUCUCAGUGAUCUGGCUGACACCUCGCUAUGGUAACCAGUUGACAUCCAGCCCCCGCAAGCGAUCUAAACGGGGAAAAAAUUGGACUAUCUUGGAGUUAAUGUAGUUCCACGUUGCUUCCACCAACAAGCACAUAUACAGCUCAGUCACUACACAGA